GCUGUAGUCAAGACGCAUAAAUUGAACAGUUUAGAUUUAGAGAAAAUGAACCGCUGGCUAAAAUCAUGAUACCUUCAAUGGGGCAUCUUCAUUUGCUUUGGUAAGCUAUGGAACGAUAAACUUGAGCUUUUCUAAACGUCAAGGUGAGAAAGCAGUUUAUUUUAAGAGCACAUCAGCAUGAAAGCGGGAAAAAAAAUCCUUCAUUUUCCCAGAGCGAUGUUACUUGACUCGUGAAAGAGUUAAUAGCAACUAGUGCCAAAUAGCUACAAAUAAACAAAAGAAGACAGGAGAAGUAGUAAUAGUGCGUAGUAUUCUACUACCUAUUUCACGUGGUCACUCUAUAACGUAUUAUUAGACAUAGUUCUGAAUAAGUGAUGUUUCUUGUUUGCGAAUUAAAUCAGUGAGAUGUACCACCCACUGCGUGCAGUCAAAUGAUGCCGCCACUCGGUUGUAUUAAAAAUUGCAUAAAAAGCUUUAUAUUUCCUCCAGCCGUGGUACAAGUAUGGGAUUAUUUUUUCAGUCAUUUUUGUUCAGUUUGAGCCGAUUCGGCGAUAUCCCAAAAGAGAGGCUGCUGAUUAAAAAAUGACACCUAAACGGAUAAAGGAAAGGAAUCUCAAGUGUAAUAAUAUUUGAAUACCUACGCCGUUUAUCACCACCAGGGUGUAAGGACCAGUAAUCAUUAGUCGAAGAUCACAACUAAUGUUAAUCAGUGGCAAUUAAAAAUAGUAGUACAGGUAGAACGUUUGUCCGGCCUUGGAUUAUUUUACAAGCAAUAUAAUUUCAACUUCUAGUCAAUUCUUACCGUGAACGAUCGAUUACUGAGGUCGAUUAAACUGCCUGAGUAAAACCCAUCAUGUCUUUUCGUUCAGUACUCAAUGCCGAGAUGUCAUUAUAAAUUCUCUUAGUUUACUAAAGAAACAAAAAGCAGUGAUUGAGGAGGUGAUGAGUAGGGUGGAGAAUUCCCUCAUAAAUGUUUUUAGUAGUUUCACCCAACUAUCUUGCUUUUCAUGUCUUUUUUAAUUUUGCACUAGACCGAUUGAGAUCGACUCGACUUGAUCAUGAUGAUGAUGAAUUUUGCCGCGCGUGUGACAGCAAAAGUACCGGCAUCGGUAAGUUAUCCUUUAAUAUGAUAUAUUCUGACAAAAUUUCCUUUCAUCAUCUCAUUUUUUUCUCUCGGGUGCUCCCUGCCAAAACCAAGUGAAUCACUGACUUUCAAAUCAUAAUAUCUUCGACGGUGGUGUCAGCUGGUUGGGGCUCGUAGGCCUUUACUUUUGUUACGACUGUUUUAGUGAUUCUUACGAAAGUGUAAAUCCGCUGUAAAUAUAGAAGGAACCUUCACGAAUCAAAAUACUCGCUUUUAAGGAACAAGUCCAUUUAUGUUCAUUAUCACAACUAGGUCAAUCUAACAUUAGCUAUUUGCCGGUAUAUUUUUGUUACUAACAAUAGAUUGCCUGUACUAUUGCAAUGAAACUGAAGAGAUGACUACUGUGACAAGAAGUGUUCCAAGAAUUCACCAUCGGAAUUGCAAUGAAGUAGAAUAGCAGUUUUUUUCUGUGUUAUAUGCCCUUUUAAUAGGCUAACUGCCAUAGCGAGGCUAAGUGAUGUGUCCCGCUUUACUAAAAUUUACUUACUAAAAUUUAAUUCAACGUUUUUGCAGCGCGUUUAGCAAGAGUAGCAAAUUGAACGAUGUCAGUGUAAAUUUGUUUUCAAUUUUUUUUCUCACGGUUUCUAGUUCUAUUACAGCAUACUGAUCAAUUUUUGUUACGCAAGCUAUUUUAUCUGAUAAUUAGAGCGAUACAGAUUGUUCUUGAUUGAAAGAAAGUAGCCUCAGUCUGUACAUGUUAGAGCUCAUUACACCCGAUAACAUUAUGAGGUUUAAAAUGCACUUAAUAGAUACCCGGUUGAAAAAGACAUGCCGACGUAUCUUGUCUAUCUUCCAUCGUGUUAGCUUAUAGGCUUAUUUUUAUUCCUUAUAAACAACAGUUUGCGUGACUCUCUCCCUUCCAAAAUGUGUUUUAAUAAUUUUUAAUACUUGUUCUCGGAUGAGAGCUCCGCUUUGAGGUUACCUAAACCUCUAUGACACUUUGUUGUUCUUAUAAUUGUACAAACGUCUGCGAAUUAUAGCCUGUUUUAAGAAAGUAGUUUUCGCCAUCGACAGACCGGUCAUUGUUUCUUCAGUUUAGACAUCUGGGGCCAUCUGUAGAAAUCCUUACUUCGGACAUCUCUGGUGUUGAGCCAGUCAAAUUCUUGAUCCUCACGCCACAAAUUAGCAGUUUGCCUGAUUAGGUUUUAUGUGACUGCAGCUAGAGUAACCUAGCUUUUUCUCAGACAUUCAAGAUUUUUUUUAUUCCUAAAAUUGAGUAAUCUUUUUUUAUUCAUGAUAAACAAUGGAGCAAUGAUCGACGACAUAAAAGACGGAUCUUUCUGAGUUGAACUGAUUGAUCAACCAUGGAGUAGUGAAACUUGUUAAGACGAGAACGCCAUCAGAGCUAUAAUUAACAUUUGGAGUUUGUCAUCAGCAAAAGUUAACGCAAACAAGGAUCGACGAGACCGAAGAUUUAGGUUCGUAAUGAUUUAGGAUUCUUUCAGCUCAUUCUCUUUAAUUUAAGGUCCUAUCUUAAAUGUCUUCUUACUUUUCGAUUUUAGCUUGUUGCUUGUCUCCUGCCAACACACAGUGCCUGUGCUGGGUAAAAUACUUAAAAGGUGAAUAGCUCAUUGAAGUUUUUUUCUGAAAAUCUUAAUCACUUAUCCAAAAUAUUACAACUUGGAAACGAAUUUUGCUACAAGACCAAAAGCCAUUUUUGCUAUGGAACGUUUCUGUGGGCGAAUUGUAGCAAAACGUGCCGUUUUUUUUUUUUUUUUUUUUUCAGUAAACCGGCUUUCGACGUCAUCAAAUCAUAAACGCCUUUUUGCGAUGGUUUAGAGCGAAAUGAAGAGCUUAUGUGUCAGGAAUUUUUUUCAGUUAUAAUUAUGGACUUUUAAGAUCCAACGACGCGACGGCCACGAGACACUGAGUCCUUGCUCAUCAAAAGUUGCGGAAGCGGUGGGUGGGAACUUGAUUUGUACGUGGGACAAUUUUUGCUGUCGUUGUUACAUCACAUCCUAACAUCGUUCAGUUAAGGUUUCCUAUAAUUUUGCCUGCGACUAAUUACGCCUCACUCAACUGGGCUUGUACAGUCAUUAUUGAGACAGGGCAAAGCGUAGCAGGCGCGGAUCUAGGAUAAAUACUGGCCAUGCUUAAAACUUAUUAGAUUUUAACUGCCUAAAGUCCUUUUUCCUGAGUUCCCGAGUUAUUAGGAAGGAUAUUGACCAGUUAAGCCUAGCAAAUCAGCAGAUUAUUUAAUCUCUAGAUUUCAACUUGGAAAUUUUUUUUAUUAUUAUUAAAAAUAUAUUUAUCAGUAUAAAAACAAUUGAUCGAAACCGGAGUGGAUCCGCGCCUGCGUAGUUUGUGAGUGUUAAUGACGAUUUACAAACGUGUUCUCUCGAAAACUUUAUUAUGCAAAAAAAGAAAAUGUAAUGGUGGUUAUAACACUUCAACGACGAGAGAAGGAUUACAGAAAAAGGUAAAAGCGCGCAGUUUUGUUUUUGAUAUAUAUCGUUACAAUUUUCAAGCCUCUUCUCAAUGGAGUUUUUUCCAUUCUUUUAGCACUAACGGAAGCAUUGAGUAAAUAUUUUUUUUGAUAAUGCAUACCGUGUGACACGAAAUUUUUGCGGAAGUUUAGUUUUGCUGAUUGGAGAUUUUUUUGUAUUUGGCGGGAACUACUAUUUGCGAUUAGGACAGAUUGGGUUUUUUUGCCGCUGGAAAUUAAUUUUUGCGAUUUUCAGAAAGUCCAGUACAAAUCAUUGAUAAUAUUUGAUUUUUGUUUUUAUUGGGAACGUGCAACAAAAAUGCAUAUUUUUUAAAGAAUACUGCGGUGUUCGUACCAUACCCUGUAAAACCAGCGACAGUUUUGCUCGUCUUUUUAAUCGUUUUGUUUCUGAACGAAAGAGGCAAGUUGUAAUUGAAAAGUUACAAUUUCUUAGCAUUUUUGUGUGUAGCGAGUCUAAGUUUGAAAAUAUUUACACUCUGGAGUAAAAAAGAAAACGCUCAGAAGGAAGAGGGUAAUAUGCUACUCAUACAACAAUGAAUGAAAGGGUUAUUAUGGCCUCUUCUUAGCAUCGUAUUUUGGACGUUUCCGUCCGUCACCGUUGUUGUUUCGUAAUGUAAUAAGGCGGUGGGGCUUGUUAUAUCCGAACAGCGUUGAUGAAGUCAAUAAGGUGGAAAUUGACCGCCUCUUAAACUAGUUCAAGGAGAAAUGAACGCGGGAAUUCGAAAUCACAGAAAUAAUUUUAUAUCAAACAAGCCGCUUUCUCAGGUAAGUAAAGUUGAGUCAAUGUGUUUAAAGUGAAGAAAUGAGUAAGUGGUAAGACUAUGAGCCCGUCACUGGUUAAGUCUCGUUGUUAAAUGUUGCUUACAUGUCUCGGAAUCUUUACUCUGGCUCAAGAGGUCCGUUCUCCAAAAACCCUCAGAAAUUCAGAAGUUUUUAAGCUUUUCAGUUGGAAGCUUAAAACAUUGCCCUUUUUCGGGUCGAAAACUGCAUGGUUAGCUACACCCAUUCAAAAUUUUAGUUUUAGGAUUACUUUAUAUCUCUUAGAUAUCAUGCCUCGAAAUACCAAGAAAAAUUGGAGAGAAAAAUAACCAGUCCUUUAGAAUGGUAUUAAGAGUCUCCUUUUCCCGCCUAAAAUUUCAGAGUCAAUUUUGGGAACAUGAAGAAAUUUUAGUUAUCACUUGUAAAUUGCGUCUGUAUACUGAGUGGACCUGCUAUGGUGUGACCUCUUUGAUAUGGGGCUAUUGUAAUUUUUCAGUGUAAAAAAGCAGCCUACAGAAAAGCAAGAAAGCAAAGAUAUGAAUUAAUAAGAGCCACCACUAAAAUGGCAUGGAAACUCUUCCAAAUGCCAUACAUACGAGGGUUCCCUCUGUGAACAUUUCUCUCCUUCUAUCUUUGAACAAAUGCAUUGAAUACAACAAAGGGAACAGCUGACAGUUCAUUGGUCAACUGAGACACGUUCUAACAAAUCAUCAGAAAGUUCAACUUGUUAUUGCAUCGUGUCAUUUAUUAGCGUCGAACAAGCCAUUUCUUGAUACUGUGCAAAAACAAAUGUCUUUUUGUAAGCAACCAUGUUAUUGGUCGAUGUAAAAAUCCCUGACAUUGCUAUUUACUGCACACGUAACAUCUUUUCAAACGUGUUUGUAACAUGAAAAUGUAAUGUUGAUUCAGUACGGAUAAAUAGCUCUUUGGUGGAGCAGAAAUAUUCACUCUAAUCUCAGCUCCUAGAAUCGGACUGCAGCAACACUAAAACUGAAAGGUUAGUACUAAAUUCGAUUUUUUUCCAAAGCAUGAUUUCUUGAUUGGUUUUGAUUAAACUUGGGAAAAGUCUGAAAAACUCAUUUAUUUCAUUUCAAUUAUUUUAUUUAUCGAUUUCCCAUUCCAUUAUAAAUAGUACAAGAUAAAUUGCAGACAACGUUAGUGCUUGAGUCAUAGGAAGUUCUAAAGUACAGUUAAGAUCAUUACAUUUAAAUACGAUUGUCACAAAGAAGAAGAAAAAAACUCGGCUAGAAUGGCGUAAGUAGGUUCACCAGUAAGGAGCCGACAGAAAGGCCAGAAGCGCCGAUAUUUGCUGGGCAAAACUUCUUAAAGCUCAAGCUUGCAGAAAAUCUCCGCGAGCACUCGCGAGGCCGAUGGACUAUUCAGAAUGCCAAGCUUUUUCAUAUUUUUAAAAUGAAAAUCAUUCAAUACAAGCCAGAAUACGAUUAUCUAUUUCAAUGUUAAUAUAUUUUUUUUAAUAAGUAAAGAAUUAUAAUGAAUUAAAAUAUUUGUUUCAGUUAUUUUUGAUAUUUGAAAUAAUAAAACUUUGUAUAUUUCUGUGUGUAGAAACCAACACGGUGCAUUAUCAAUGAUAUGGUGUCACUCAGUGACUUACACUUUAACAUGCUAUCCUUUUUUCCAGGUCCCAAGAUAAAACGAAACCAAAGAGAGCGGUAUGAAACAACCACUGUACAUCGCGAUUUACGCACUGUUGAUUAGUACUUUGUGUUCCACGAAAAGCAACAGCAGCAGCAACAAAACAUCUGGGAAAAAGGUAUAUUAUAAAUUAAUUCAAAAAAAUUUAGGAAUUUCUAUUUCUGACCGAACUUCUGGUCCAUUGCUUUGACAGAUCCAUCAAAUCUCCACGUUUCCUGAUUACCGUAAACUGCCGCUUGUGAGCUCUGUGCUUAUACGUCUUCGUCAGGGGUUUAAAAAAGGAGGGUUUAUCAUUGGAGGCCGACUUAUAUCUGAGGGGGAUUAUAACCGGUCGGACUAGUAAAAGCGCCUCGAAACAAGCUAUAGCAAUGCUAAUAAAAGUACUUUUUGAAUUUAGUGGUUUUAAAUCAAGCUUCAAAACUUCAUAAUAUUUGGAAUCAAGAGAUCUAAUUCAUCACAAUGCAAGAUAGAGGAGCGGCUUACAACCGGGGGCUUAUAAUCGGACUUUGUUGUUGUUUACAGGUAGAUGGUCCUAUAAUUAACUGAGGGGGCUUAUAAACCUGCAAUUUGAGGUUUUCUUCUUUUAGAGGAUGCAAUAUGGUCACUAGCGAAUCCAAUAACUGGCCACAGAAAUGAGUUCUUCCAUCGGGAGCUCUCAGAACCACGACAUCGUACGCGCCACUCAGAGAAUUGAUUAACCAUAACAACAAAAUGCGGAAUUUAACGGAGGAGAAGGCAUUGAAGUUUUUGUAAAGCAAGCUGUACAGUUCAAGAAACUUUUGCGCAUUACUAAAGUGAAUUUUCCGACCCCUCAGUUUCAGUUUCAGCCGUUGAAUGUCCGUCGUUGGACGUAAGCCUUCCCCAUUGACCUCCACUGAACCACGUUUUGAGCGACACGGUGACAAUAUUUUAGGAAACUAUGAACGUCGUCCCUCCAUCUCGUCCUUGGUCUUCCUCGGUUCCUUGUGUGUCCCCCUCACCUGAGGACAUAUAAAACAUCCUUUCCCAGAAGUCAACAACCCCAUUGUUAUUCUAAUCCUAAUUCCAAUCUCCAGGACGUCGUAUUAUGAUAUAAGUAACAGCGACAACACCAAAUAAAAAAAAAUCAACAAAUAUUAUCAGGCCUUUUCUUUUCUCCGUUAGUCAAAGCAGUUAGUCUGCUGAUUUAUUGACCAACUAAUGCGUUUAUGCUCAUUAAUAAUAGUGUACCCAACAGACGUCAUUUGGGUCAUGUGGUCAGAGUGCUUGCUGCUCCUCACCAGGAACUCCAGGGAUCCCAGGAAUCCCUGGACCCGCGGGAUCACCUGGCAAUCGUGGACCUGAAGGACCCACAGGCCCAAGAGGAAACACAGGUGAUAAAGGAUCUCGUGGAAAGCAGGGACCUAAAGGAGAUACAGGACCCUCGGGUUCGACGGGCCUACCAGGAAACAAAGGUGAACUGGGCAUCCCAGGACGCCCUGGACCCGCAGGACCAUCCGGUAAACAAGGACCUAAAGGAACAAAGGGACCAACAGGAAACAAAGGGGACAAAGGAACGCAAGGAUUUAAGGGAGACACAGGACCCUCGGGACCAGCGGGUCAAGCAGGAAGCAAAGGUGAACCAGGUGCUCGAGGUAUCCAAGGUCCUCAGGGAACCCUCCGAAGUAAUUGGAAACAGUGUGUAUUUAAGAGUAUAAAUGAUAACAGAGACAAUGGUUUGAUCAAGGUAAGCACUUAAGGUGGCUCGAUACAGUUUUCCAGGGCCAAUACCUCCCAAGUUUGAGCAUAAACUACGUCGCCAUAAACAAAGUUUUGAAAAAAUUGGCACGACAGUUGUACUAGAUAAAGAUGAAAAUUUGUUGUGAUCAGGGUUGCAACGACAUCGGAAUUGUCAUAGCAACGAAAUGACGCUAUUACUUAUUUUACUUACAGCAGUAUAUAUCGGCACUGGGAACUGUUCUUCCAAAAUCAUUCACGGAAGCUUUUUCCUCCAAUAGCUACCUCGAUGUUCGUGAAGUUUGAGCGAAAUCUGUAAGAGCGUUUUCGAGAUAUUUUGGGAUAAAGAUUUUGUGGUUAGAAAUAAGGUAAAAAAUGGACAAUCUCUAUGUUCGGCUGUUAUCUGUAGAAAACGAAGCGCUUUUGACAUGCAAUUUCACCUCAUAGUAGUUUCAAUCUUUUUAAAAACCUGUGUGAAAGAUCAUGGAGAUAGCUCCAGCCGAUUGCUAGAAAGAAAGAUUUGAUUAGUAUGUAUCCAGGCUCUCUUGUUAGCGGUUUUUGAAUAUUUUAGUCUACAUUAACAAACUAGCAAAUUUUUUUUAAACCGCUCGAUAGAUUUUUUUAAAAUUUAAGAUUCUUAAGAUUAACCCUCCUUUUAUAUGACCUUUUAGUUUCAAGAUUAUUGAUAUAUUGUAAGGCAGUAAAAUAAGGGCUACAAUUCGCUAAAUUUUGGCUGAAAUUUUGUGUUUACAAGUGUGAGCUUCUCAUUAUUCAGGGUAUUGUUUCCAAGUUUCAUAUUUUCGUGCACAACAAUAGCUAGCAUUUUUGCAUAUGUCAAAUGCAUUGUUAGUUACUGCUGUUCACGUGAAAAUGAAACUUGGAGACAAUGCCUUGAAUAAUGAGAGGCUUUCUCUUGUAAUGACGAAACUUUCGAUAAAAAAGUAGCGAAUUGUAUCCGUUAUUUUACUGCCUUACAAUGUAUCAAUAACCUUGAAACUAAAAGGUCGUAUGAAAGGAAGGUUAAUCACAAGAACCCUAAAUAUUUUAAAAAAUCUAUCGAGCGGUUUAAAAAUAAAUCGCUAAUUUGAUAAAGAAGACCAAAAUGUUUACAAAACCGCUAACAAGAGCGCUUCGAAACAUACUAAUCAAACCCUUCUUUCUAGCAAUCGGUUGGAGCUAUCUAAAUGAUCUUUCACACGCGUUUUUAAAAAGAUUGAAACUGCUAUGAGGUGAAAUUGCAUGUCAAAAGCGCUUCGUUUUCUACAGAUAACAGCCGAACAUAGAGAUUGUCCAUUUUUUACCGUAUUUCUAACCACAAAAUCUUUAUCCCAAAAUAUCUCGAUAACGCUGUUACAGAUUUCGCUUUAACUUCACGAACAUCGAGGCAGCUAUUGGAGGAAAAAGCUCCUGUGAGCGAUUUUGGAAGAACAGUUCCCAGUGCCGAGAUAUACUGCUGCAGUGAAAUAGGUAAUAGCGUCAUUUCGUUGCUAUGACAACUCUGAUGUCGUUGCAACCCUGAUCAUAACAAUUUUUCAUCUUUAUCUAAUACAACUGUGUUGGCAAUUUUUCCAAAACUUUGUUUAUGGCGACGUAGUUUAUGCUCAAACUUUGGAGGUAUUGACCCUGAAAAACUGUAUCGGGCCACCUUAACUCUUAAUAGAUUUAUGCCACUGACUGUUACGCUUUUUGUCUUUGGAUAUAGGUGUGAAUCGCCCUGACAAGAUUUCGUAUAUUCCUGCAAAUAAACACGGAUAAAUAUUAUUGAACUGGGGAAAGUAAAGUCUUGAUGCUUAAAGACUGCUCUAGAACGAACCCUAACUUUUUAAUAACUUACGAUUCAACUCAACACUUUUUUAAGCCAUACCUUUUGCUAAUCUUACAUUUCAUUAAAGGCUAUUAUUACUCAGAAUUAAAAUUUCUUUCAAUAUUAUUUUAGGAAGUAAGUCAUAUAACCAUAGAUAGAAUAGCACCAUAGCACUGUCAUACAACCACAGAUUAAAAGCUAUACGCUUUUUAAAGCAUUGGCAGAUAAAAAAGAAAAGAGGAAGAAGAUAAAUGCUACAAAUCAUCACGAGACCGUUAACUUAGGCCAUUAUAAAAAUGUUCAAUUUAAGCGUUAUUUCAGACGUGAAAAAAAACAGCGUACAGAUGACAGAUGAGUAAGAAAGCAAAGAUUAAUUAAUAAGAGCCAAUAAAAUGGCAUGAAAGCUCUUUUAAACGCCAUACAUACGAGGUUUAGCUCAGUGAACAUUUCUCGCCAUGUCUUUAAAAAAUUUCCUGAAGUACAACAAGGGGAAACAGCUGACAAUUUAUUGGUCAACUGAGACAUGUUCUAACCAAUCAUCAGGAAGCUCAACGUGUUAUAGCAUCAUGUCAUUUAUUAGCCUCGGACGCGGCCUUUUCAUGUCAUACUGCGCAAAAACAGAUGCCUUUUUGUAUAAGCAACCAUGUUAAAUAUUGGUCGAUAUAAAAAUCCCUGAUAUCCGUAUUUACUAUACAGGUAACGAGGAAGAAGAUAAACGCCACAAAGCUUCACCAGGCCGUUAGGCCACUAUAUGAAUUUUCAAUUUAGGCGUUAUUUUAAUCAUUCCAUAGGAAUGUAUUUUCAAGAAAACAUCCGACAAUACAGCCUUGCGAGUCUUCUGGAAUGGCGAUUUCCGUGUCACUAACUGCCACGCCUGCUGCCAUCGGUGGUACUUUACCUUCAAUGGUGCAGAAUGCUCGUCCCCGGCAGCCAUUGAUGGUGUAUUUUUAGUGUAUCAUAGCACUAACGCGAAAAAGAAUCCACAUCGCCCACGUCACAUCGAAGGAAUCUGCGAGAAGCUCCAUAAGGGCACGGUCCGCGUGGGAUUCUGGGUCGGUAAGUGUGGUCUUGGUUACAAAACUGGCGACGCGUAUACAGGCUGGAACUCAGUCUCCAAGAUCUACAUAGAAGAGGUGGCUCCCCCACAGCCGUAACUGAAGCAGCAGCUCAAUUACUUUUCCAUA